AUGGAGGCUUCACGGAGCGACGACCCAAAUCUGAGCCCUAACCGCGAUCUGAGUUUCAAUCCGAUUCUGAUUCCGAAUCCGAGCACAGUGUCGUCCUUAAUCUCUGCAGGGGAGGUUUGGCCAACGAUCGAUGGUCCGUUGGGAUUAACGGAGGAAGCAUCGGUGGAUUACGCUCGUCGGUUCUACAAGUUCGGUUUCGCUCUCCUGCCGUGGCUCUGGGCUGUCAAUUGUUUCUACUUCUGGCCGGUUCUCCGUCACCCUCGGGGCUUCCCUCAAACCCGCAAGUAUGUUGUUAGGUCAGCAAUAGGCUUCAGUGUCUUCACAGCGCUUCUAUCAGCGUGGGCAUUGACAUUCUCGAUAGGAGGAGAAGAGCUUUUUGGGCCUGUUUGGGAGAAGCUGGUUAUGUACAAUGUUGCUGAUCGUCUCGGCUUGUCUGGCUUGACUUAG